GUUCUGUGGACUUCGACACUGUACAGGAACACAGACGUAGUUUGGAGGUGACAAGAUCUAUCAAAGAUGGCAAAUAGAGACAAAGCUACGAACCAACUGGCAGAUUUCAAGAAAGCCCAAUCGAAAUCCGAUGUACUGACCACAGGGACAGGUGCCCCAGUGGGUACCAAGACGGCCACACUGACCGCUGGACCAAGGGGGCCAGUACUCAUCCAAGAUUUCACCUUCACAGAUGAAAUGGCCCACUUCAAUAGGGAGCGCAUCCCAGAACGAGUCGUUCAUGCUAAGGGAGGAGGUGCCUUUGGAUACUUUGAGGUUACACAUGACAUCACAAAGUACUGUAAGGCCAAGCCGUUUGAGUUUGUGGGUAAGAAGACUCCAGUGGGUGUCCGCUUCUCAACAGUUGGAGGAGAGAGUGGGUCUGCCGACACUGCCCGUGACCCCAGAGGAUUUGCCAUAAAAUUUUACUCGGAGGAUGGAAACUGGGAUCUGGUCGGCAACAAUACCCCGAUCUUCUUCAUCCGGGACCCCAUAUUUUUCCCUAGCUUCAUCCACACACAGAAGAGAAACCCACAGACUCAUCUUAAGGACCCCGAUAUGUUCUGGGAUUUCAUUUCACUUCGGCCUGAGACCACCCACCAAGUUUCCUUCUUAUUCUCUGACCGUGGAACACCCGACGGUUACCGACGAAUGAACGGCUACGGAAGUCACACCUUCAAGAUGAUCAACGGGGAAGGCAAACCUGUUUACUGCAAAUUCGUCUUUAAGACCGAUCAGGGCAUCAAGAACCUGAUGGCUGACCAAGCUGCAGAACUGUCCAAGAAUGACCCAGACUAUGCGAUCCGGGAUCUCUUCAAUUCUAUAGAGGAUGGCAACUUCCCAUCGUGGUCGGUCUUCAUCCAGGUCAUGACCUUCGAGGAGGCAGAGAAGGUCUCGUACAACCCAUUUGACCUCACCAAGGUGUGGCCGCAGGCAGAGUUCCCUCUGAUCCCUGUUGGAAAGAUGGUACUGGACAGAAAUCCAAAGAACUACUUUGCGGAGGUGGAACAGAUCGCAUUCUCACCUGCUCACAUGAUUCCAGGUAUCGAGGCUAGCCCCGACAAGAUGUUACAGGGUCGUCUGUUUUCCUACUCCGACACCCACCGACACAGACUUGGUAGUAACUAUCUCCAACUGGCUGUCAACUGUCCCUACAAAGCCAACGCCAGAAACUACCAGCGUGACGGGCCACAGUGCGUGGGCGACAACCAAGGAAAUGCACCAAACUACUUCCCAAACAGUUUCUCUGGCCCACAGGACGAUCCUAAGUACCUGGAGUGUCCCUUCAGUAUCUCUGGGGAUGUCACCCGAUACGAGACUCGCGAUGAGGACAACUUCUCUCAGGUCACCACAUUUUGGAACAAGGUGUUGAACCAAGAAGAGCGUCAGCGAUUGGUAGAGAACAUUGCAGGUCACUUGAAGGACGCCCAGGAAUUCAUCCAAAAGAGAACAGUCUACAACUUUACGCAGGUCCAUCCAGACUUCGGAGGUGGUAUCCAGAAACGGUUGGACUCCUACAAAAACUAGGCCCUAAAGGUCCACACAAACGAGUCUAUCAGUGACCAAGAUAUUGACUGAAAUAUACCGUCACCAGAGACCCAGAUAUUGGCAUAAGACUUAAUCAUCCGCGACUCAAAUAUGAGGACUCUUCAACACCAGGGACCCAUAUAUUUGGACGUAUCAUCAGCUACCGAGAUAAUUUUAUAAAUUAAGCCAAGCGUUUCAUCUCCAGUGUCCUAAAUCCUUAUCUGGAUUAUAAUGCUGGCUGCAGUAUGAUUCAGCAUUCGAUGUUGCUACGUUUAAACAGGAACCAAACUUUAUCCAUUCAGGUUUCAGCCUACAUCUCCAAAUGAUGAAUUUCUCCAUUUAAUGCAUCUUAUAUGAGAAUACAAUUUACAUAUAUCACUGUACGGUGUAAAAUAUACAUACAUAAUAUAUAAACAGAUGUAAAUUCUAUAUAAAUUCGACAUGGGUAUUUUAUACAGAAUUUUACAAAAGCAGAACUAAUUCAUAGUGUUAUUUUUUACUUGACUUCACUUGACCUUGCAAUCUUACACUGGUCUUAGUCUCGAUACUUUUAACGCCUACAUCAAAUGUUUCUACUAGGCCCGCGCCAUUUCCCCCAACCGAUGGCGUAUAACCGAGAAUUAUAUUAUUUAGAGACUGUAAUUUUACGUAGUGGAUAUUACUUCUACGUCUUGUGAAAACUGAUGAAUUCAAAACAUUUUAUUGUAUGUACAUGCAAAUUAUAUAAUGUUGAUUUAUAUAUGACUUCUGCACCUUUAUAUACUUACAUCCAACCUUAGACUUUGUAAAAUUUAUUGGAUACUACAAUUUAUAUAUGAAUAUACAUAUACAUGUAUAUAGAAAUCUAUAUUUAAAAAAGUUCAAUAUUAUAACAUUGAAGUCCUUUUACAUCAUAUACAUCGAAAUAUAUAUAGAAAAGUUCAAUAGUAAUAACAUUGAAUUCCUUUACAUCUUAUAGAUAGAAAUAUGGAAAUGUUUAAUAUUAUGAAAUUAAAGCCCUUUACAUCAUCCCGGAGAUAAAGGAGGCCGUCAAAAGAGUCAAAAAUGAAAAACAACCUAAAAAUAAUUCUGAUUAAUAUUACAUUUUGAUUAAAUGUGUGUGCAGGCUGAAAAUUGAUGAGACUUACAGGUAGGAUUGAUAAGCCGUGAAAUUGUCUGAAUGAUAACAAUUAAUAAAGCAUUUGAAACUUGA